AUGCUUGACCAAGAGUUUUCUUGCAAUAUGGGGUCACUUGGGGUAAUCCGUGCUAUUAUCUACCGAAUCUUAACCAUUCACGAAAUGGUUGAUGUUUAUUGUGAACGAUGCAAAGCCGAGGUUAAAGUCUGGUCCAGUUUUCCUCCCAGACAAUCUUUAACGGUUCCAGAGUUGGAGGCGGAGAUGGCAAGAGUUCAGAACCUCAUGGAGGAGUUGGCCCGUGAAAGAACUCGACUGAGAAGAAGGAUCAACUCCUUGUCUCCUACCACGCGUCUGCCGCCGGAAAUCAUCACCGAUAUAUUUCGUAUGGCUUGUGAACCCAUGGAAUCGACAAUCGAAGAUGCGCAGCAUAACAACACUGUUCUUACUCCGCUAUUUUUUGGAAAAAUUUGUGGGGAGUGGCGGGAAAUCGCAUGGUCGACCCCUCUUCUGUGGAGCUCUAUUUCCUUACACGUCUCUCGCAAAGCGCAUAACGCCCAAAUCGAGCUUCUCGAAGAAUGGCUAGCUAGAGCAGGAACCUCUUCCCUCUCCAUCAAGCUUACGUCUGAUGACGAGCACGAGUCUAUCUUUUACUCACUCAGGGCUAUCAUGGAUGUCCUUGUGACACGUUCAAUGCAUUGGGGUUCCCUUGACUGCCUUCUUCCGCCACAGUGCCAUGAUAUACUGGCAAAUAACCACUUCCCUAAUCUCACUUCCGUCUCCGUUCGUCCUCCGAAAGGCACUAUAUCUACGUUCAGCCAUCCUCCAGACAUGUUUCGUUCUGCACCCCGAUUGUGCGCCGUGGACCUAUCGGGCUACGAUUUCUCCUCCAUGGUGUUACCUUGGGACCAACUGAAGCAAUUCCGAACGCAGUUCCUCACAGUUGCGGAAUGCGUCAAAAUCUUGCGUCGGUCUCCAAGUCUGGAAAGUUGUCACCUCGAGAACGUCUAUUCUCCUGAUAUUUUCCCUCCACCUACCUCACAAAUCCUUCAUUCCCAACUGAAGCAACUCGCCGUUACGUUAAUCAAAGGAGCCGCAAUGUCGUUAUUGAAUACUAUUUCACUCCCUGCCAUCCGCGACAUCAAGCUUCACUAUAGCGGCACCGAGUUUGUUUCCCUUCGUCCACUUAUAUCCCUCGUCUCGCGCUCCUCCUGCCACCUCCAGCGGCUCUGCAUCGAACGCAGUAUCUUUGCCGAGGACGAUCUGUUGAGGUGUCUCGAAGUCAUUCCAACCCUUACGGAGCUUCGUCUGGCUGUAUUAUCUUGGAGUACUGAAACAAGCAUCGGCUUGUCGGAGAAGUUUCUUACAAAAUUAUGUCCUUCUGAGAUGGAUGAAGAAUAUCCACCAGACGUUCUUCUGCCGCACCUCAAACAUUUUGACUAUGAAGGUCCCAUUUCCUGCCCUAGUCAAGCUCUCGCUGCCAUGCUUGAAUGGCGGUGGCAUCGUUCAACAACUUCUUCGUCGGCGGGGAGUACACCCAUAAGUGUCGCUCGACUUCAGUCUGUCAGGAUUGUUUCGCCAGCUGCUUACGAAGUUGACACAAAUGCGAUCUCUUCUCUGACGAGCUUGCACAAAUUCGGCAUGGACUUGGGUAUCAUGGCUGCUGGCGUAGCUCUGAUCUAA